AUGUCGAGUGGAAAGAAAGGCCGAGGUCGCCAAAAGAUCGAGAUGAAAAAGAUGAGCAACGAGAGCAACCUGCAAGUGACUUUCUCAAAGCGUCGUAGCGGACUCUUCAAGAAAGCUAGCGAGCUUUGCACCCUUUGCGGUGCAGAUGCUGCUCUCGUUGUAUUCUCACCUAGUGGAAAGGUAUUUUCCUUUGGUCACCCCAAUCUUGAUACGGUCAUAGACCGCUAUCUUUCUCUUGUACCACCACAAAACAACGGCACGAUGCAACUCAUUGAGGCUCACCGCAAUGCCAACGUUCGUGAACUCAAUGCUCGGAUGACUCAAAUCAACAACACACUGGAUGCUGAGAAGAAGAUUGACGAUGAGCUGAGCCAUUUGCUCAAGGAAACGGAGGCAAAUUUUUGGUGGGCUUGUCCGGUUGAUGGAAUGAAUAAGGAUCAACUUGAAUUAUUCAAAAAGGCAUUGGAGGAGCUUAAGAAACUUCUAAUUCAACAUGCUACAACUCGAACUCUUCCAUUUUUUGUUGGCAAUGCUUCUUCCUCGAACAUUUAUCUCCAUCAUCAGCCAAAUACUCAACAAUCUGAAAUGGACUAUGUUGAAAACACAAUAGAAACUCCAGAUAAGUUGUUGCAAAGGGAGAUAGAUGAGGCACUGAAGAGAAGCAAAUUCUUCUUAGAGGAAAGGUUUAGUGCGUUCGAGGUACAAGACGUGGAGGAUAGUGGAAAUGAUUUAGGGCAACAACACAAUGUAGAAGACACUUCCUCUCAAAACACUAAAUUUGUGGAUGCAACACAAAUUGGAGAUUUGAAUAAUAUUGCUGGUGAGGAAGAGGAAGUUCAACAGGAGACCUCGGAAGAUAAAGUCAGGAGGAAUUCAGAAUUUUUGAAGAAGUCUUGGGGUCUAUGCAUCAACUUGUUACUUGAAGAGAAGGCGUCUGUGGGAAACACUAGGGACCUGAUCAUCCUUAAAAAAUCCAGUGUCAACAUUCAUGCUCCAAAGGCACCAAUCAUCAAAGAGAUUAUAUGGAAACCUCCCUAUCAUAAUUGGAGGAAAUGUAAUAUUGAUGGAGCUUCUAAUCCCACAAAUUCUUCUUGUGGGAGCAUUUUCAGAGAUAGUGAUGCAAUCUUCAAAAUGAAAUUUGCUGAGAAUAUUGGUGGGGGACUGCAUUCCAUGUUAAACUACCAUGAGUACUUAGAGCUAUUGAGUUGA